ACAUGCUGCCAAGUUAAUAUUACGUGUUUACAACUCCAAAAAGUAUUUUAGAAUUUUUUUUACCACCACACCAAAUUGAAAUAUUACUGAGAACCUGCUUAUAUAUUCUUAUCUGUACAAACCACUCUAUGAGUUGCAGCCACCUUGUGACUGGAGGCUUCAUUAACAUUUAUUGUUCUGUGCAGCGUUCUACAUUCCAUUGGAUGCCUCUCAAGCCCAACAUUAAAGUCAUGUGACUUGAGUCCAAACCUCUGCAGUACAGUUGUGUUAUAGGUGUGACUGCUUUGUCUUCCAGAUGCUGUGGUGACAGAGGGAGGAGAGAACUUCAGUCAGGGACAGAGACAGCUCUUCUGUUUAGCCAGAGCCUUCGUAAGGAAGAGCAGCAUCCUCAUCAUGGACGAAGCCACGGCGUCAAUUGACAUGGCAACGGAGAGCAUCCUGCAGAAAGUAGUGAUGACUGCAUUCGCUGACCGGACAGUAGUUACUAUAGCACAUCGCGUCCACACCAUCCUGAAUGCCGACCUUGUGAUUGUGAUGAAGCGGGGCAUCAUCCUGGAGCACGACAAACCCCAGGUCCUGCUGGACCAGGAGGAAAGUGUAUUUGCCUCCUUUGUCCAUGCAGACAAGUAGCACAAGAAGAGACCGAAGAGGACACGUUGAAUGAAGACAUUCAAAGUGCAAUUGUCCCUUGGAAGGAACUCUUUAUUUUUUAAUCAUGUAUCAUAUUUGUACAUAGGAAAUAUUAGUUCUUUAGUAAUAAAAACAAAUUAUAAUUCACUGCAUCAGUUUCUGUCUGUCGUGAAAACGUUGUUUUGUGUGUGAUUCACGUUACCCUGUUAUAAAAGAGUGCAUCGUGGGUUUCAAAUGAUCAGGAGCAGAGCUGAGGGAAAUACGACGCCGUUCACCUGGUCCAGAAGAAAAUCCAGACCCUCAGUGGUCAUCAUCAUGUCCUCCAGUGGGAUAAGACCGCUGCUAACACUAGAGAGAGAAAAUAAACAGACAACAUAUGAGCUUGAAAUGGUUCCAAAGCUUUAAGUUAGAACUUAAUUUAUGCGAUCUAAGGAUAUGCUAAUAACAUGACUUAUCUAAACUCAAAAACGAUUUAUUAUUUUUGCACAAUAUCAUUUCGUUUUUAGUCAUAUCAAUACAUCUUUAAAGUAAAAAAUGUACCCAAAUUCUGACUUGAAAGUCUAAAAUCGAAUUAGUCCAUAGCUUUUUACUGAGGAUGAGACAGACAUGUAUUUAUUCGUUCUGUA